CAAAAUAAAGAGGCGGAAACCACGCACGCACUGCCACAGCAUGAUAGACCCAAUUUAGGUUCAUAAAAAGCGCUGCGCUCUGAGCCUUUGGCGUAGUUGUGACACAUUUUGCGCUCAGACCGGUGUCGUGAAGAGAAUAUAGACAUUUAUUAUUAUGAAAUGUUUAUUAUGACACAACUAACAAAAUAGUCAAACUUUACAGUCAAGGCGGGCUAUCUGGUUCACAAGUGAUAACGUGUUCGCUGGGUUUCCAAGUUUAAAGAAAAAGCCUAAAGCUCAACACCGGACCCGUUCAACGAGCACGGUUUUGUGGAUUCAUUCUUGUCACGUGACAAGAGCGGUCCCGUUCUAAACUGGUACCAUUUAUCCCCUGUAAACCGGGCAGGAUGUUACGAGCUCAUCAGGGGCCAUAAAGGAGAGCGGAUACGACCUACGGCACUGUCCAACCAAAAUGUCCUCACCAGGGUCCAGGCGGAAUAGUUGCCGUGGAGCUGCGUGUGGAAGCCGGGCAACUUUUGAAUACCAAGUCCGUCGUCGGAGCUCCAGCUGUUCUUACUUUGCCUCUGGAGCGCAAACGGGAGACUUUUCAGUCAGUCUGAGUCAGCCGAUAUUUACUGUAACGCUCCGGUUUUUGCUGGCGAUAGAUCUAUGGCUGUCCAAACGGCUCGGAGUGUGCGCCUGUGAGGGGUCUGCAUGGGGCAGCAUACGGCCCUUGGUCCGGCUGGUCGAGUUCUCCGGUCAUGUCAUCCCGUGGCUCAUCGGCACCGUGUACACUCUUCUCCGUGGACGAAGUGUGGAGGAGCAAGAGAUCAUGCUGAAUUUGGCAUUGGCUCUGAUUUUGGAUUUGCUGCUUGUCAGACUUGUGAAGACUCUGGUCAGACGUCGCAUGCCCACCCAGAACCGCUCGGAGAUCCUCUCCACCUUCUUCGUGGAGCGCUAUUCCUUUCCCUCCGGCCACGCUUCACGGGCGGCCAUGUGCGCCCGGUUCUUCCUCGCCCAGCUGGUGGACACAGACUCCAUGCGGCUCCUGGUGGUGGGGUGGGCUGCUUUGGUGAGCCUGUCCCGACUGCUGCUUGCAAGACACUAUGUGACAGAUGUGGGCUUUGGCUUGGCCAUGGGCUACUGCCAGUACAGUCUGGUGGAAAGACUGUGGGUGACUUGGGACUGGUUGCAGGACGCGCUGCUCAUUGGCCUGGGAGAGAGGCUGAACAGGGCUUGCGAUGGACUCUGGAUGAUAGAUGGGAAACAUUAGGUCAGGUUUAGGUGUGUGUGCAUGUAGGAAAAUGUUGAACAUGAGUGGGUAAUUCUGAAAUUCCUGAUUAUUGAUGUUAUUUUAGGAUUCUUAUAUGUUUUAAAAAAAUCUGUAUCAGCGUUAUGUGUUUGUCUUUGUGUUUACUUUUAUUUUGAAGUAGAAGUAUUAAAUGUUUUACCUCCAUUAAGCUGCUUGUUUGCACAUCACUAUUGAUAAUGCAUGGACUUAAUUUCACAAGCCUGAAACCAAUGUUGAAUUUAUUUAAUUAAAUUUUCUAUCUUGAAAAAUUACUUCUUUUUUUUUGAGUGUGUGUGAAAGUUUAAACUGUGGUAUAAAAAAGAGACUUCCCCCUUGACACACUUCAUGAUGUGAGAAUUUUUUCUGUGUUUGUUUUUCAUGUGGCUUAGCCACAGUGUGUUUGUGUGAACAUUGUUGUGGGGAAAGUCAACUCACACUCAACCAAGUUUCCAUCAGCUGCUGCUGCUGAGUCUCCUGACUGUCAUUGCACGGUAACACAUUCCAUCUCAUCUUACAGUGUUGAUAAACUGCUGCCACCGCCUCCUUUUUAACACACCGAAUACCACUUCCAAAGCAAGCAGUUGUUACAGAAAUCAUUACACUCGAUACAUGUGGGUUUGGAGUUAACAUGUUGAACAGGUUAAGAGAGCAGAUGCGUGUGUAGCCUACAUAAACAGCUGGAAAGUGUGACAAGUUGUGCUCAGGUUGUAAGUGGGAACGUGGGAUAUUUUCAAGCAAAGCUGCUCAUUUUUAUUGACUUUCAAAUAAUGCAGGUGAGCUGACGUGUGGGCGCGUGUCUGUUAGCGGUUUUAUUACUCCAAGAAAUGUGACAGAAGUAACCUCAUCUCUUUCAGUUUCAUCGUGUGAAUACAUAUACUCAUAUUAUUUAAACUUUUAUCAUCUAAAUUUAAAGAACACAGUUGUGUUUAAAUAGGAACAAUUUUCUGAAGGCUUUCUGUAAUUAUAAAAGGAGGAGUACAUUUAUUGAAUAUACUGUGUAUCUUAGAACCUCAAUUCCAAAAUAAGGUUGAUAUCCUGUAAAUGUAAAAUGUAACUAAAGCCAAAAUACAAGGAAAUUAUAUUUUAAUCACAAUACAGCAUG